CCUUUGGGAGAAGAAAUGUUGAGUAACUGUGAGAAGAUGGUUGUCAUCUCUUCAACUACUAACGAAUGGCCUCAGGUUUUUCACACACACACACACAUUCUCUCUCUUUCUUUCUCUCUCUCUCAAUCAAUUAUUAGACCAAACGUGACCCCAUUUUUGUUGCUUUGCUUUUGGAAAAGAAUAUUUAUGUUGUGUUGUUAUUUUACCCUAAGAACACCUCAUUCAACUCUUUCUUUUGGUUUCUUCCUUUUUUUUGUGCCCUUUCUCUGGUUGCAGAAUCAUAUAGAUGAGAAAGACUUGAUGGCGUCAACAGGUAGGCUUAUGGAGAAACCAAGACAAGAACAACAACCACAACAACAUCAACAGCAUCAAGCCCUAAAGUGUCCUCGCUGUGAUUCUUCAAACACUAAGUUCUGCUACUACAACAACUACAGUUUAUCACAGCCAAGACAUUUUUGCAAGGCUUGCAAGCGUUAUUGGACUAAAGGGGGCACUUUAAGGAAUGUUCCUGUGGGUGGUGGAUGUCGGAAGAACAAGCGUGUCAAGAGACCUGCUUCAGCUAUUGAUGGAGCUUCUCCAACUUGUGGUGCAAAUCCUAACUCUCCAUCUCAACCUCAAAUCGAUGUCUCUUCAACCUCAAGUCAUCAUAUCAACCCUUUGUUUUAUGGGUUAGCUAAUAACCCUUCUGAUAUUAAUCUUCCAUUUCCUCGUUUUAAUUCAAGAGUUUCAGGUGUCGAAACUGUCACAGGCUAUGAUCUCCAGCCUCAAUUGAAUGCUCUUGGAUUAGGGUUUUCUUCUGGGACUGUGUCUAGUGAUACUGGGGAUAGUGAUUAUCGAAAUGGUUUUAAUGCAAACCCAACAAAUCCACUCCUUUCAAGCUAUUCCAAUAUCUUUGGAUCCUCAUCUUAUAGCACCACCACUACACCGACCAUUGCUUCUUUGUUAGCUUCUACUCUUCACCAACACAAAUUCAUGAAUGGGAGUACUAAAAAUACUCAAGCGCCUAACCAUUUCCAAGCCUUAGCACCUUUUCAAGGUCUGCACAUGACUAGUAAUAGUGAAAAUGGGUUAACGAUGAAAGAUAUCAAAGCUGAAGAAGCACAAAGCAGAAUGGAUUGGAUCAAUGUACCAAACCAUAAUCAGCUCGAGCAAAUUGGUUUGUCUGAUCCUGCGGUUUAUUGGAAUACAAUAAGUGUCGGUGCCUGGCAUGAUCCAGCAAACAUUGGGUCCUCAGUGACUUCUCUGAUCUAGCAAAACUAGACUUCUUAUUCUUCAAAUUAUCUCCCUCUUUCUUGGUCUUUUCCUUUUCUAGCUACUUAGUUUCGGUUGAUUACUACUGUCGGUAGUGGACUCUAUAGUCAUAGUAGGGUGGGAUUGAAAAGAGGCAAAAAAAAAAAAAAAGAUCUCUAAUAAAUUAAAGUUGAGUGUCGAAGCAUGGAUGGGAGAAGAUUGGAUCGGAGCGAUCAUGUCAGCUGCAAGAAUUCAGCCUAUAGUUUUAUUAUCAAAGGUUGAGAAUCCCUAUUUGCGCUGAGAGGAACCUCGGAUCCUCUUCAUCCUCAUCGCUGCAGGUAUCAUCUUUUUCAUCAGUCAUCAGUCAUCAUCACCAUCUGAAGCUGUGUUGAAGAGAGAGACUUAGCUCCUUUUGCAGCAACUUUUUAGUCCAGUAAGUUUGGCUUCUAUUUUGUAUGUAUAUAUAUUGCAUGACAUGUUCUCUUUUUUCCCCUAAUGUCUUGCUAUUAUUAGGUUGGGUUUUUGGGGUAUAUGUUGCAGUCCUCAGUAAAAGAUCAUGAGAAACUAAUUAUUUUUUUCCUUUUUUAUUUUUAUUUUUUACAUUUGUUUUUCAUUUUGUGGUUUUGGGGGGUUGGGUUACUUGGGUAUAAUUAAUGGUAUAGAAGAGAGGGAGAUUUGUACCUGCAAACUGCAAUGUGCCCACUUAUUUACUGUGAUUUGUCUGUUUUACAAUUUAUUGUUCUUGGUGUCACUGCCUCACUAAUUUGGUUGCCUUUUGAAAUCAAGAAAACUUUCAUUACAUUUUUAAACCUUAAAGCUGCUGAGCCAAUACUGAUAUCCACAAAUUCAGAAUAUAUAGUAUAUACUAAACAAUAUAUACAGGAAUUAUAUAUCAGUUGUAUAGGUAAUGUAUGUACAUAUAUGUUUAAUGUAAGACCUGAUGAAUUUGUCAACCCAAACUAGGAAUAGAUUGGCUGUUUGUAGUUUUAGGGAUAUUGGAUUUUAGUACCCUGGCUUUAGUGCAUGCGCUGCUCAUCCCUUGCUGGUUUAGGGAGUACAUUCGAGAGAGUAAAGACUGAAAGAAAGAGCUACAGACAUUGAGAAACAGUUGAGUUAUGGCAGGGAUUUUUAGAUAAGAGAUUUAGGUCCACCCUUGGAUUUUAGCAGCUUGGCCUCAUCCAAAGAAAAUGCCAAUUCCCUUGCCACUUUCUCUCUCGGUGUUUGUGUGUUGUUUUGACUACAUGUGUUUUGUGUCUGUGAAUUUGUGUUAAAAAGGGAAAAGGAAAUAUCAAAGAAUAUGGGGACCUAUAUGUCUCAGAAUCAAUUAAUACUUCCAAUAAUAAUAAAGUAAAUGUUAGAUUAUUUACUCGUAAUUACCAUGCAUUAGCCAUUUUUUAUUUGUUUUGAUAUUUGAGGUUGUUAGAAGUUGAAAUUUGAUCAGUAAAACUAAGAAGUCAGCAUGCUAUCAACAUUUACACAUUUGUUACCUUGCAUUAACCAUAUUCGUUUUCCUAUCUACAUACACACCACUGUAAUCUUUUCUAGAUUAAAAAAAAAUUACUUCCAAUUAAUGUAUUCAAUAUAUUCACAACUAAUGCAUUUAAUGCUAAAAUAUUUCUUGAAUAGCAGUUAACAAAUGCCUCUCUCUCAAUUAAUUAAAAAUCUAAGAAAUCAUCCCCAGGGAAAAAAAAUCCAAGAAAUGAGAUGUUAAGGUAAACAUAGUAGAAGUACACAAAGCAAACUUGAAGUAUCAUGGAAAGAACUAUGCAUCAUAUUCUUGGACUCUAAACCCUACUUUGGUGGUGAUAUACACUUUAAAAGCUGCAAUAAAAUCAAUACUAUAAGAUUCUCAACACCUUUUCAUAGGAGUACUGCUAAUAUACUGAUUUGCAUGCCAAAGAAAUUAAUGAAAUGAUAAUAGUUGACCUAAUGACUUCAUUAUUAGUAUGAUUUUUAAAUAUUUUAAGGUUGUAACGGAAUUAUGAAAGCAUAAUUGCAUCACAAUAUCAGUAUUAGAAGUUCGUUAUUCUGAAUUAUUAAUUACAUGCUUUAGAUAAUCACAUCAGCUGAGGGCUUUUCUGGUCACAAAGCCUUGCCUUUUUGUAUCUAUCUAAUAAGACUAUGGCUAAAUCCUCGGGGAAAAAGUUCAAUUACUCCCAAAGAGAUAUAGAUAUAAGAAUCCUCUUGAAGAUAAUAUGCAAGUGGUUGCUAGUAUUACCCAAAAAACUAGGUUUAUGUGAAUGUUGUGUAGCUGACAAACACUUGAUGCAUGUAUGUCUUAAUGCAAUUUCAACUAAACU